AUGAUUUCCUCACUCAGAUCCAUGGUACUGCUCGCUCUUCCCCUCCUCAGUGCUGCUCAAUCCAGUGGAACACUCACAGCCGAAACGCAAGUCAAGGUUUUAGAAGGUCCCUGCACUGCCUUCAUUGAAAUCAUUGAGGCCGAAGAUGAGGGAGAAAAGCUAAUCUGUGAAGCCAAGGAUGGAAUGAUGUACGAUAUUCCUCAAGUCAACAAGGAGUGGAUUGAAGAAAAGCGACAGAGUGGAGAACUUGUCAGUGGAGCUACUAUUCUAGACCUUCCUGAAAACACGAUGGUGGACAUGUCAACUUGGUCUCUCAUUCUCUCAGGUCCACCAGACUUGCUGAACUAA